AGCAGCGUCGAGACCUACAUGGUGGUCAUGAGGAACAUCUUCAGCCCCAGACUAGGAAUACACAAAAAGUAUGACUUGAAGGGUUCUACAGUUGACAGACAAGCAAGUGACAAAGAAAGGGUAUGUCAUCUUGAAAAGUCCAUUCCAGGGCUGCAUCUAGGCAAAAAGAGUCUGCCAACGUUAAAAGAUGUGGACUUUGUGAAUGAUGGCGUCACAAUUCAAGUUGGACAAGAAUUCUUGGCAAGCUUGCACCUAAUGGACUACAGUCUCAUUGUGGGCAUCCACGACCCUGAGAAAGGUGAUUCAGAUCAGACCGACUUGCCAGCCCCUGACGAUGGGGAGGAGGGGGCAGACGAGGAGGAAGAGAAUGGGUUGGAGGAGGAGAUGACUGAUGGGUAUGGAGCCGUCCCCACCCCACCGGACAGCCCCCAACCUGCCACACCCACCCCCUUCACAGGAGAGCUGGACUCCAAGCUGGAGCAGUAUGCAAUUAAAAGUAGUGAAAAUCAAGAAAUCUAUUUCAUGGCCCUCAUUGAUGUCCUGACAAAAUACGGUAUGAAGAAACGGACUGCACAGGCUGCCAAGACAGUCAAGCACGGGGCAGGGGCAGAAAUAUCCACGGUCAGGCCUGACCAGUAUGCCAAGAGAUUUCUGGAAUUCAUCUCCAAGAGUAUCGAGUAAGCACAAGCCUACAAGGUGCACAGUGCACAGCCUCGUCCCAGGGAAGAGUCCUUUUGACUGUAGUACUGCAGAUGAACUUACUGUGUAAAGGGUCCAACUGUCCUCUAGGUUGAUACCUGUGUAUGCAUGGUCACCAUGAAGGUGUCAUAUGGAUUGAGAGUGUAUGGACUUACGGUCUCAGUAGCAGUUAUUUCAGUAUGUGAUAUUCUGUUUUCUAAGGUUUUUCAUUUUGUGAUUAUUUAGGUCACAUGUUGGUGGAAAGACUUCUUCAGGGACUGGAUUUUUUUAAAGUAUGAACAUUACUUCCUUUGUCGUUUGAU